AUGCAAUUGCCAACUAUCUUGCAAUCUCUCAACAGUGAUACUAAAAGAUAUAUCAUGAAAUGGGCGAAUAUUGUUCGAGAAAAACACAGUUCAGAUGAUGUUGACAGCGAUGAUGAUGAUAAUAUAACUUAUUAUGGAGAUCCUCUUCUCAUAAUUGAAUGGAAUGAAACUGGACUUAUUCAACGAAAUAUUCAAAAAAAUACU